AUCAGUAAUCAGUUAUAAGUGAGUCUUCACAUGUCUUAUCACAUUAAUGUUAUCGUCGUUUUAGUGACAAUCUUUGACCAUAUUAUCUUAGACACUUGUCCGUACCAUACUCAGAAGAUACUUUCAAACAAUUUCGUAACGAAAAAAAUUAGGAGUGCAUUCAAGAAGUAAAAUAUUAUAAAACCUAAAAAUGCUUAUAAAAGCCAAAACAUGCCUUUGUUGAGCUAGAAAGUUCAAUUUAUGAAAAAUAUUCUUACAGCAACUUUGCGUGUAGCUGGUUCCCUACAAAAAUCCACCGAAGUAAUGCAGGCAAUGCAAAAUUUGGUACGCUAUCCGGAAUUGGCUGGCAUAAUGCGUGAUAUGUCCAAAGAAAUGAUGAAAGCGGGUAUUAUUGAAGAAAUGCUUGAAGAAACUAUGGAAUCCCUGGAGGAGACUGAGGAAAUGGAAGAGGAGGCUGCCAAGGAAGUCGAUAAAGUUUUGUGGGAAAUCACAAAUGGUAAAUUGGGUGAAGCUCCCCUACCACCCGAUGAGUUGACUCCCGCUGAACAACAAAAAGUACCAGCUGCUGCUGUUGCAGUCACCGCAGAUGUGGGUGAUGAUGAUGAUGAAGAAGAUGACCUACAGGAAAUGCAAUCACGUUUGGCUUCGUUGCGGUCGUAAGAAAAAAGCUAAGCAUUAUUGAAUCGUCGUGUACUUUUUAUAAAAUUUAUCAUUUAAUUUGUCCAUUAUUUUAUUAAAUGGUUUUUAUUUAAAAUGAUAUAUUUUAUUUAAAUUAAUUGUAUUUUUUAAGUUUAUAUUUUAUUUGUUAAUUUUUUUUUUAUAAAAUUCUGGUAUUAAUAAUUUUAACUCUGUUUAAAAUUCAAUCUUUUCUUUCAUAUAUUAAGUAUUUAAUAUCUUUUGAUAGUGUAAAAAACCUGAAUAAAUAUUUAUUUAAAAAAA